AUGAAUCAUAAUAACAUCCUACAUCAAUAUUGUCUUCAGAGAGUUGCCAAUCUAUAACCUUAACUAAUUAUACCUAUCUAUUCCAAACCAAUACAUCCUUCCAAUUCACAUCAUAUCCCCAUGUCUUACAAAAAUCUGGAUUUUAAAUCCUUGGAUAGGUAGUAACCUCCCAGACUAAAGUAGUUCGGAAACUUCAAAGAAUUCUAUAUUUAAUGAU